UUGUUUAGUACCAAUCACAGAUAACUUGUUACCGACCUUCCGUUAGUUGCAGUGUUUUGAGGUUAUGGAGUUGGAGUUAUUUUGUUUUCGCUGAUGGGCUGAUUGUGAUGGCGUCUGCGACUGAUCUUCAGGGUAUAUUGAAGGGCGUGUUGAAGAAAAGGUUUUUUCGUUAUGGCAUGCCUUUCUUAUUAUUUGUAGUUGGUGGGUCAUUUGGAUUAAAAGAAUUCUCGAAGCUAAGAUAUCAAUUCUCAAAGCAGUCUGCAAUGAAUCCAGAAGUGGCAGAGAAAUAUGGAGUUCAAAUGAAGAAGACAGGUGAAGUUACUUUAGAAAGUGAAUUUGAAAAAAUAAAGAAGCUUGAUAUUGAUAACUGGACCAACAUUCGAGGGCCUCGGCCAAUGGGAGAAUGAUGAUCAGCAAAGAGAGUCUGCACCAUGAACAUAAUGGAACCAUGAAUAUUGGACUGGGGUGCAUUAGACGGUAGUAUAAAAGCGUUUGUUUUAUGUUAUAAUAUUAUCGUAUGAGCUGAUUACAUACAAAUCUGAACUUGCUUUUGUGUUGAAGAUAUUUUUUAAUUAUUAAAAUAUUUAAUAUUGUGAUGUACCUAAAAUAUUUAUCCUUACAAAUUGUGCAUAUUGCAUUAAUAUAUUUAUCAAAAAAGUC